UCCGUGUUAUCCGUCUGCAGCUCUGCCAGCUGAAGCUCACUUCAUCCUCAGGUGGCACCGGGACGCAGCCAUGGCCGGAACCGCGGCUCCCAAGCGCCAGGACACGCGCAAGUUCUUCGAGAACCUGUCCGGCGCCGGGAAAAGCAUCGCAGUGUUGACCAGCGGAGGAGAUGCUCAAGGUAUGAAUGCGGCCGUCCGGGCCGUCGUCCGAAUGGGUAUCUAUGUGGGAGCAAAAGUCUACUUCAUCCACGAGGGGUACCAGGGGAUGGUGGACGGAGGAGACAACAUCAAAGAGGCGAAGUGGGAGAGCGUCUCCAGCAUGCUGCAAGUGGGCGGUACAGUCAUCGGCAGCGCCCGCUGUAAAGAGUUUCGCACCCACGAAGGACGUCUGAAAGCUGCUCACAACCUGGUGCAGCACGGCAUCACCAACCUGUGCGUGAUCGGCGGAGACGGCAGCCUGACCGGAGCCAACCUGUUCAGAGAGGAGUGGAGCGGCCUGCUGAACGAGCUGCUCGAGCAAGGUCUCAUCGAUGAGGAGGCGGCCAAAAGUAACUCGGAGCUUCACAUCGUCGGCAUGGUCGGCUCCAUUGACAACGACUUCUGCGGCACCGACAUGACCAUCGGCACGGACUCGGCCCUGCACCGCAUCAUUGAGGUGGUGGAUGCCAUCAUGACGACUGCUCAGAGCCACCAGAGGACAUUCGUGCUGGAGGUCAUGGGCCGACACUGUGGAUACCUCGCUCUGGUCAGCGCCCUGGCAUGUGGAGCCGAUUGGGUUUUUAUCCCUGAAAUGCCUCCUGAAGAUGGCUGGGAAGAAAACAUGUGCCAGAAACUCUCUGAGAGCCGAUCUCGGGGUUCCAGGUUGAAUAUUAUCAUAGUUGCUGAAGGAGCCAUUGACAGACAAGGACAACACAUUACCUCCCACUUUGUGAAGGAUCUGGUGGUGCGCUGCCUGGGCUUUGACACCCGGGUCACUAUUUUGGGCCACGUGCAGAGAGGCGGAACCCCCUCCGCCUUCGACAGGAUCCUGGCCAGUCGUAUGGGCGUGGAGGCAGUGCUGGCGUUGCUGGAGGCGUCUGCCAACACCCCAGCCUGCGUCGUGUCCUUGGUUGGCAACCAGGCUGUUCGACUACCACUGAUGGAGUGUGUUCAGAUGACCCAGGAAGUACAGAAGGCCAUGGAUGAGAAGAAAUUUGAGGAGGCAGUGCGACUACGUGGCAGGAGCUUUGAAAACAACCUGAACACCUACAGACUGCUGUCCUACCGCAAAGCAGAUUCCGAACUACCAAACAGCUCCUUUAACGUGGCGGUGAUGAACGUCGGCGCCCCGGCGGCGGGGAUGAACGCCGCCGUGCGUUCUGCCGUCAGGGUGGGAAUCACUGAAGGCCACACCAUGUUUGCCGUCAACGACGGCUUCGAGGGAUUCUACAAAGGGCAGAUCAAGGAGAUUAAAUGGGGAGAUGUUGGCGGCUGGACAGGCCAAGGUGGCUCCCUGCUGGGGACCAAAAGGACCCUUCCAGGGAAACAUCUGGAUAAGAUCGCCGAGCAGAUGAGAAUCCAUAACAUCAAUGCUCUGCUCGUAAUUGGAGGGUUUGAGGCCUUUGAGUCCUUACUGCAGCUCUACGAGGCCCGCGCCGACUACGAGGAGUUUUGCAUCCCGAUGUGCAUGCUGCCUGCCACCAUUAGUAACAAUGUGCCCGGCACUGACCACAGUAUCGGAGCCGACACGUCGCUCAACGCCAUCGUGGAGACGUGCGACCGCAUCAAGCAGUCGGCCAGUGGCACCAAGCGGCGGGUCUUCAUCAUCGAGACCAUGGGCGGCUACUGCGGCUACCUGGCCACCGUGGGCGGCCUGGCUGCCGGCGCCGACACCGUCUACAUCUACGAGGAGCCGUUUGACAUCCGUGACCUUCAGGCCAACGUGGAGCACCUGACGCAGAAGAUGAAGACGACCAUCCAGAGAGGCUUGGUGCUCCGGAAUGAGAGCUGCAACGAGAACUUCACCACCGACUUCAUCUACCAGCUGUACACCGAGGAGGGCAAAGGCGUGUUCGACUGCAGGAAGAACAUCCUCGGCCACAUGCAGCAGGGAGGAGCUCCAUCUCCCUUUGACAGAAACUUUGGCACCAAAGUUGCAGCUAAAGCCAUACAGUGGAUCACUCGGACCCUCAAGGAGUCCUACAAAGGAGGGAGAGUGUUUGCCAACUCGGAGGACACUGCCUGCCUGUUGGGGAUGCGUCGCAGGGCUAUGGUCUUCCAGCCCGUGGCGCAGCUCCAGGACGAGACCGACUUCGACCACAGGAUCCCCAAGGAGCAGUGGUGGCUGAAGCUCCGUCCCCUCAUGAAGAUCCUGGCCAAGUACAAGACGAGCUACGACGUCUCCGACUCCGGCCAGCUGGAGCACGUGACCCGGGUCCGGCCCAAAGACAGCGACACCUCGGCUGCGAUCUAACUCCACGCAGAGCUUCCCUCCCCACAACGAACCAGCUCCACAAAUCUGUGACGGUCGCUCACCUAAAGAUAUAUCGAGCACUGACGGGCUGCAAACUUGGCAAGGUAGAGAGUGGGUAGUUUAAAGAGAGCUAUAUGUAGACGGCACCUUUCAGAGAGGAGAUUCUAUGUUUUUGAUCAGUUAAACUUGAAGAUGGUUGUUUGGAAAAACUAACAUUGUAUUUUCUAGACCCCCAAAGUCAUAACUAAAAUACUAAUAUCUAUAUAUAUAUAUAGAUAUAUAUUUAUGCACUCCUGAUGAUGCACUGUAAGUAUUUAAGUUUUAGUUUCAGACAAAUGUAGCUGUAUCCAUCUCUUUUUUGUUUUGUAAACGCCACGCUGGUCAAACAUCGAUGUUGUGCGAGCACAGCCACGCUGAGGCGGGUGAUGCUUUCAGAGUCCAGCUUUUAUCAUCAUACUGUAUUUUCUACAACACAUUGAGCUCCAUAGUUAAUAUUUAUCCUAAAGCUGCUUAUAAAGAAGGAAUCAAGGCCAGGACUUUCACACUUUGAUUGUAAAAACACUGAAAAACGUGAUGGAAGACGUGUUCAUGGAGGCUGCAGGGCGAGCUGGUCGUGUCCCCCGUCAACCGCUAACUGUGCGUGAUUGCUGUGUUGUUGCCUUUUGCUGCUUGUGUCUAUGCUCGGCUUUAUAUGGCACCUUUUAAUAGUGGUUAAAUGUAAGUUCCGUCCUGCAAACUGUUGUAACACAGCAGUGAGGUGCACAAUGUCUGUCUGAAACUGCCAAAAUUAACGCUACGUGAUGCAAGUGUCCUCUCCGAGUAAAUAAAGAGUUUAUUGUGUGGAAAA